AAUCAGAGUCGAUUAUUCCCCUCUAUAUUUGUCGAACACAAGCGUAAACCAUAGCGGUGAAAAAAUUCGUAAGAAUGAAAUUCUUACGGUUUACGUCUUACGUUUUACGUCAAUGGGUGUAUAAAAGCGUUUAGUUUCUAUGAAACUCUUUCAUUGAAAAAUAAAGUUCGUAUUUUAUUAGGAACAAAAUUAUAAUUGGAGAAUAAACGAGGAAUAGUUGGUUGAAAAAGAUGUCAAAAAUUUUUGCUGCAAUGAUGAAUACGAGCGAAACAGAACCGGAAUUUUCGUUUGUAGACAAAGAAGCUUCGGCGAGUGAACAUAGUUUCUCGAGUAUAGUUGGAAUAGUACCAAAACACGCAGAAUCUAGUCUGCGUAUAAUGGAGGAAUACUUAGACAAACAACAAUUAACAGAUGUUGUAUUAAUUGCAGGCAAUAAGCGUAUUCCUGCACAUCGUUUGGUACUUAGCGCUGGCUCUGAAUAUUUUGCUGCUAUGUUCACUGGUUUUUUACGAGAAUCUAAGGAAAAUGAAAUUGAAUUAGUAGAAGUAGAUGGAGAUGCUUUAUGCUCGUUAGUUCGUUAUUGUUACACUGGAUGUAUAGAACUUAAAGAGGAUAGUGUACAAACUCUUUUAGCAACAGCACAUUUAUUGCAAUUGCAUCCAGUUGUUAAAGCAUGUUGCAGAUUUCUAAGAAAACAGCUUCAUCCAAGUAAUUGUUUAGGAAUACGUAUGUUUGCAGAUAUGCAAGGUUGCAUAGGUUUAUUGAAACAGGCACAUGCUUAUACAACGGAACAUUUUAUGGAAGUAAUAAAAAAUCAAGAAUUUUUACUAUGUUCUGCUGAUCAAGUUGCAGAAUUAUUAGAGUCAAAUGAUCUCAAUGUUCCUUCUGAAGAUACUAUUUUUCAUGCUCUUACAGCUUGGCUAAAAUAUGACCCAGCAAACAGAAAAAAAGAUGCAAGUAGAUUGUUGAGUUUAGUGAAAUUGCCAUUAUUAUCACCAGCAUUUAUAGCAGACCAUAUAGAAAGUAACGAAAUGUUUAAAGAUCAGAAAGCUGCGCAAGAACUUAUAAUAGAAGCCUUAAAGUAUCAUUUAUUACCUGAACGUAGACCACUACUCCAAUCUAAUCGUACAAAACCUAGAAAAGCUACUGUUGGCGAAUUGUUAGCAGUUGGAGGAAUGGAUGCUAAUGAAGGGCCUACAUUGUCGAUAUACUCGUUUUCGUUACGUGAAAAUUCUUGGAAGUCUGUAGCUACAAUGUGGGGAAAACGUUUGCAAUUUGGUGCUGCUGUUGUUGACAGGAAAUUAAUUAUUGCCGGUGGUAGAGAUGGUUUAAAAACUUUAAACACUGUCGAGUGUUUUGAUUUUUCUACUCGCAAUUGGAGUACUUUACCAUCAAUGAUUGUUCAUAGACAUGGAUUAGGAGUUGCAGUCUUAGGUGGACCCUUGUAUGCAGUUGGUGGUCAUGACGGUUGGAGUUUUCUUGACACAGUUGAAAGAUGGGAUCCAGAUACAAAACAAUGGCGUUCUAUAUCGCCUAUGUCUAUACAACGUUCAACAGUCGGUGUUGCUGUAUUAAAUGACAAAUUGUAUGCUGUAGGUGGUAGGGAUAUUAGUUCCUGUUUAAAUACAGUCGAAUGUUAUGAUCCACAUACAAACAAAUGGACUGCUUGUGCUCCAAUGUCAAAACAAAGAGGUGGUGUAGGAGUAGGAGUAGUGAAUGGAUGUCUUUAUGCCCUUGGUGGUCAUGAGGCACCAGCGAGUAAUCCUAAUGCUAGUAGAUUUGAUUGUGUAGAAAGAUACGAUCCUAAAACUGAUACAUGGACAAUGGUAGCACCAAUGAGUGUAGCAAGAGAUGCAGUUGGUGUUUGUGUUCUUGGAGAUAAACUUAUGGCUGUAGGUGGAUAUGAUGGUCAGCAAUAUUUAACACUUGUUGAAGCAUAUGAUCCACAUCUUAAUAAAUGGGAACCAGUUACACCUUUGCUGACUGGACGUGGAGGUCCUUGCGUUGUCAUCGAAAAUUCCUUAAGAGAUGUAUAAGCGAGAACAUAUAUUACUUGUCAUAAGUACUCAACCGAAAUCUCAAUUACAAUCAAUACAUUCCUAUAAUCAUUCUAAAAAUUCAUAUCAUAUGAGAAACUAUUUUAUCACUUAUAAAUCAUUCGAUAUCACUUAUUUAAUACAUUUUAUAAUAUUUAAGAGGAUAAGAAAUAUAUUACAUUGAUCGAUAUACGUGAUACAUAUUGUGAUAAAUUAUUUUUAUUUUUUUAUUUUAUUUUUUCUGUUUUACGAUAACUUAUAAAUACUUUGAUAAACUUUAAAUCAUAAGAAAGAAAACGUGUAUUGUAUUCGAAUAAGAAUUAUAUAAUGAUAUAUUUAAAAUAAUUUUCAAUUAUAUUUUAUAUACAAGACGACUCGCACAAUUAAUUACAAAUAAUUAAUCAUAAAUAACUCUGUUUAACAGAGUUAAUGAAUCAAUCUCUAUACAUAAAUAUUUGUCAAUAAUAUGAAUGUACAUAAAAAUGAAGUAGGCUAUAUAUAAGAACAAACUUAUAUUGCCGUCAAUGGUGUAAUACGUUUAUUUACACGUUUUUCCCUUAUUUUUAUAGACAUAUUUUUUCGAUAAAUUAUUAGCUGUUCCAUCUAUUUAGUUCAACAUUUUCCAAAUUAUUGUUUCUUAAUUUGUAUCUAGUUUAAUACUCAUUCUUUAUUAAUAGAUUUAGCAAGCAGGGAAGGUUCUGAAAAUAUAAAUUAAGAUUAACUAAAGAAUUGUACAAAUUUAACUUUUAUGUUAUAUGAAAAACAUUUACCGUGGAAAAUCUGAAGCAGGUUCUGCAAAUUUAUGUCUAACCAUAAAUGUUGCAAUAGCUUCUGCAACUUUAUCUGGUACAUCUUCAUGAACAGCAUGUCCGCAUGCUGGUAAGAUUUGCAUUUGAAACUUUCCUAAUUAUUUAAUACAAAAAAAAAAAUUAUAUAUCAAAUAGAAUAUUUAUGUAACUGUAAUUUGACAUUAAUACCUUGCAUUUGGCCCACUGUAAGUUCUCUAUCAAGUCUAUCUACCCCUGCUAAUAAUAACACUUUAGGGACUGGUACAUUCAAAAAUGAUGCUGAUAAUCCCUUAAACCAUCCAAACCAAUGUUGCUCAGUUUUUGCUAAAUCUAUUCUCCAAACAUACUUUCUAUUAGUAUGUAAAAUAGAAGAUGUAGGUGGAGGCAUAUUUACAGAUUCUUCUUCUUCAAUAAUAUCUUCACGUUGAAUCGCUGGUUCAGGACUACAGUCACAUGAAGAUGUUUGUGAAAGAGAAUCAAUAUCAUGAGUUGCUAAUUGAUUGGUUUCGGUACUAAAAAAAUAAAUUAAGUAAAUACAUCAUUCUGUUGAAGCUCGUAGUAUAAUUUUAUAAAAAUAUGUUAAUGUAAGUAUAUAAGAAUAUUUAGAAACUCA